AUGACGAAGAAGAUGAGCAUGACGAUGAUGAAGAAGAUGAGCAUGACGAUGAUGAAGAUGCACUAUCACACUCAGGACAUCAACAGGCAGGUGGUGAAGAGGCUUCAGAGAAAGCUCUGUCAAAAUGAGGCAGCACAUUCAGGAGAUGGAGGUGAAGACGAAGACGAUGAAGACGAAGACCUGUAUGAUCAGGAAAUCGAGGAUGAGGAUGAGGAUGAUGAGGUGAUAGGGAUGGACGAACAUUCACAUUCUGAUGGUCGAAAGAACAGCUUGCCAAAAUGCCUGUUUGACGAAGAUGAUGAUAUUGAAGAUCUCCUGGCUCCUAGGCCUGAUGAACCAGGGCCAAAGACCGUUAUACCAAUAGUUGUUGUUAAUGCUAAAGAAAGUGAUUCUGAAAAGGAGGUUCCCUUGAAGAAGAACAGCUCCACGGCUCCAGACAAGGAGGUCGUCCUGAGGUCCAUCAUCGAUUCUGAUGAUGAGUUUGAUCACUUUUAUGACUGAGCAAAAAAUAACCCCUUUCAUCUUGAAGAAGGAUGUCCGUUUGCAUUUCAGUCUCUGUGAUGAUCACGGUGUUCUCAUAGUCGAGGACUCCAGAAUGAAACAGACUGGGCUUACCUCUCAUCGACAAAACCCAGGGAUGAGCGUUCAGCAAUUUUAGAAUCUUUCUUUUUGACUCACAUUGCACUCUGCACACUGAAUGUGUCUGCCAGGUUUCUUUUCGUCAUAUGAACAGGUUCUGAGAAAAAUAAAAGUGAAGGUGA